GAUACUUUGUGGAAUCAUUUUCCAUCAUGGCAGGCAGUAAGUUGGUACUUGAGGGUACAGUAAGUAUCAAGAGCUUUCUUCUUGGUCUCAGCGUUGUCAUAAUACCAUUGAUUAGAACCUGCUUUGGUCACCUUGACUGGGUCUUUGACUACCUGACGGAAACUCCGGGGAAAAUAGCAAUUUGUCUUCAUAUUGCUGUUAUCAAUGGCCUCCUGUUGGUAAUAUGCAGGGGUCCUCUUUACAAGGUUGCUGUAAGAGCCUGCUUUCUGGGAGUCAUUUUUGGGUGUGGUCUAAUCAUAAGCUGCACCGAAACCACUUGGACACAUUUUGGCUGGUAUAUGUGCUCGCUGGCGUUCUUCCAUUACUCUGAGUACUUGGUGACGGCCAUCAUUAACCCUCAAAGCUUGUCACUGGACUCAUUCCUGCUUAACCACAGUCUAGAAUACACGCUGGCGGCUGUCUCUUCAUGGCUGGAGUUCACCCUGGAAAAGUUAACAUUUCCAGAGCUGAAGCAGCUGAGGUGGUUGAGCUUCAUGGGUCUGCUCAUGGUGCUUUGCGGCGAGGCCCUCCGCAAGGCGGCCAUGUUGACAGCCGGCUCCAACUUCAACCACAUUGUCCAGAAUGAAAAAGCGUACAGUCACGUGCUGGUCACCAGUGGUGUUUAUGCUUUCUUUCGACACCCCUCUUAUGUGGGCUGGUUUUACUGGAGCAUAGGAACACAGGUGGUGCUGUGCAACCCAGUAUGCACACUGGGCUACACCAUCGCCAGCUGGAGGUUCUUUCGAGAGCGGAUCGAGGAAGAGGAAGUUUCCCUCAUCAAUUUCUUUGCUGAGGAAUACGUGGAGUACAAGAAGCGGGUUCACACCGGGCUGCCCUUCAUCUCAGGCAUCCGGGUCAACUAGUAGUGCACAACGCUUGAGGGAUCCUACUUGACUCAAAGCAGAUCGGACGGUGGCGACGAGGCGAUCGCAAAGAACUCUGCGAGCUGACCCACUAGCUAGCACAGACCAGCAAGCAAGUGGACUGCUUUUACUUGACCAAACUCUACAAGCCAAUUAGAGAGACCAAAACAUUUCACCGUCGUCGCGUGUACUCUAGUAGCACUUGUUUGCAGUUUUGUUUGCAUGCAACAGCAAUCACGUGUCGGUAGAGAGCGGAUGGUGGCAGAAGCAGCUCCGGCUGAAUUUUUAGGGACAUCCAAGUAUUACCCUAGUUGGCUGGCAAAAAAAGGGAUUUCAUACACAGUUCCCCCAACAUGUCAAGUCAGAUUGCUAUUACAUGUUCCUGACUUGCUGUUGUCAUUUUAUUUCCACUGUAACAGCCGUCCGGUUUCCACAGAACUGUAUCGGAUGCUGUUACUACCUCUGUAGCUGGCUUCUAUCACCCACUCUGUUUUACUCAUUUUCUGCACAGUUUACGACAUUUAUAAAGUUGUGACAUUUCCAGCCUGAAAUGGCUGUAGGGCUACAUCGGAAGAUGACACUUCAGUCUAACGUGCACAGCCUUCAUGGUGAGACAACUAAAAGGCAUCAAAGCAUCAGGUCCAAACCUCCAACCUCAUCAUGCUCUGUGGAGCUGAUGCUAAGCACUGCCCUCUUUCUUUGGAUGUUUUUGUUUUGUUUUAAUGGACCUCACAUAUGUAGCAACAUUGAAAAAAAAAUCAUCCUAGAGGACAACUUUUAUUUUUUACUGAAUGCCUGUGCCCAUUAUGUCAAAUCAUACCAUCCAGAGAACUGUUUGGCUGUUGAAAUAAAUGGUGGUGAUGCUGCAUUGAGAAUAGUCACAUGUUCAGAGACUAGUUGAGUCAAACACUGUUCUGUACGUGUAAUCCAUCGUAUGACCUUCACUCAGGCUAAAAACCAGCCCGAAGUUAUCUUUAGUUUUUGACAAGUAGGCCUCGUACCUACUAAGGUUUUUUUGUAUAGUUUAAUUGCUGUAUAAUAUACUGUAUCAUUAAAUUAUUUGAGAUUUCAGUAA